CAACGGCGGCGGCCGGAAGCGGCGGGAGGCGGCGUGUGGCCGGCGCCGGGGCGGGUCGAUGUUGCCGGAGCUCCAGCCCCUUCCUUCCUUCUCGGCCUCACUUCGUUCCUCUGCAACAGCCGCACCGAUGAGCGGGAUCCGAGCGUCUAGCGGGUGGCCCGGGGCGGCCCCGGUGCCCACCUGUCUGCUGUUGCUGGGGCUGCUGCUGCCCGCCGCUGCCGGCGGGGGAUGCGAGUUAGAGCCUGCGGACGGCGGCGGAGCCCGACGAGGACCACGGGGAGGCGUCGCCGCCUCUGCGGGGGACCCGGCGGCGGCUGCGGCAGAUCCCUGCAGCUCCCUCAGCCCACCGUGCUUCACUGAGGAGGACCGGUUCAGUCUGGAAGCUCUCCGCAUGAUCCACAAGCAAAUGGAUGAUGACAAAGAUGGUGGAAUUGAAGUAGAUGAAAGUGAUGAGUUUCUGAGGGAAGAUAUGCAGUACAAGGAUGCCUCUAACAAGCACAGUCAUCUGCACAGAGAAGACAAACACAUCACCAUUGAGGAUCUCUGGAGACGCUGGAAAACGUCUGAAGUUCAUAACUGGACUCAAGAGGACACUCUUCAGUGGCUGUCAGAGUUCGUUGAACUGCCCCAAUAUGAGAAGAACUUUAGAGACAGCAAUGUCAAUGGAACAACACUUCCCAGGAUAGCAGUCAAUGAACAUGCUUUCAUGAUCUCUCACCUGAAAAUAAUCGACCGGAGCCACAGGCAGAAGCUUCAGCUGAAAGCCUUGGAUGUUGUGCUGUUUGGGCCCCUCACACGUCCCCCUCACAACUGGAUGAAAGAUUUUAUAUUGACAGUGUCUAUAGUGAUUGGCUUUGGAGGCUGCUGGUUUGCGUACACACAGAACAGAACCUCCAAAGAACACAUCACCAAAAUGAUGAAGGACUUAGAAAGCCUCCAAACAGCAGAGCAAAGUCUCCUUGAUUUGCAGGAAAGGCUUGAGAAGGCACAAGAGGAGAAUAGAAACGUUGCUGUGGAGAAGCAAAAUCUGGAGCGCAAGAUGAUGGAUGAGAUCAAUGAUGCAAAACGGGAAGCUCAUCGCCUGAGGGAGCUGAGGGAGGGAGCUGAGUGUGAGCUCAGCAGGCUCAAGUAUGCGGAGGAAGAGCUGGUGCAGGUCCGCAUGGCUCUAAAGAAGGCUGAGAAGGAGUUUGAGCUAAGAAGCAAUUGGUCUGUUCCUGAAGCUCUGCAGAAGUGGCUUCAGCUGACACAUGAAGUUGAAGUCCAAUAUUACAACAUCAAAAGACAGCAUGCAGAAAUGCAGUUAGCCAUCGCCAAAGAUGAGGCAGAAAAGAUCAAAAAGAAGAGAAGCACUGUUUUUGGAACACUACAUGUUGCACACAGCUCCUCCCUGGAUGAAGUGGACCAUAAAAUCCUUGAAGCAAAGAAAGCCCUCUCUGAGCUGACAACAUGUUUGCGAGAGCGCCUGUAUCGCUGGCAGCAGAUUGAGAAGAUCUGUGGCUUUCAGAUAGCCCACAAUUCUGGGCUACCAAGCUUGACCUCCUCACUCUACUCAGACCACAGCUGGGUAGUUAUGCCUCGAGUCUCCAUUCCUCCUUACCCCAUUGCAGGGGGAGUCGAUGACCUAGAUGAAGAUACUCCUCCAAUAGUUUCACAGUUUCAUGGGUCCAUUGUCAAAGCUCCCAGCACUCUGGCCAGAAGCAGUAGCUUGUGCCGCUCCAGACGCAAUGUGGUGCCAUCAUCUCCUCAGUCUCAGCAUGCUUUGCACUCCCCUGACCCUGACAUCCUCUCGGUGUCAAGCUGCCCAGCUCUGUAUCGAACUGAAGAGGAGGAGGAAGCCAUUUACUUCUCUGCUGACAAACAAUGGGAAGUACAGGAAACAGGUUCAGAAUGUGACUCCUUAAACUCCUCCAUGGGAAGGAAGCAGUCUCCUCCAGCAAGCCUUGAGAUGUACCAGACACUUCCUCCUCAAAAAGUGUCCCCAGAAGAAUUCUCUCUGGAGGAAUCAUCCACAGGAGACUCCUCUUCUCUAACUGCAGACAUUUCCAGGGGUUCUCCUGACUGUGUUGGCAUGGUAGAAACUAAGAGCAUGAUCUUUAGUCCUGCAAGUAAAGUCUAUAAUGGAAUUCUGGAGAAGUCCUGCAGCAUGAACCAGCUUUCCUCUGGGCUGCCAGUCCCAAAACCUCGGCACACUUCGUGCUCCUCAGCCAGCAGCGACAGCAAACCCAGCCAGGAGGCUGCCACUGUGCCCCGGAUCAGCAGCAUCCCACAGGACCUCUACCAGAAUGGGGAGAAAAGCAAAAAGCCAUCCAAAAUCAAAAGCUUCUUUAAGAAGAAGUGUAAGUGAGGUGGGCAGAGGAGACCCAUAGCAAUGUCCUAAGAACUCUCUUUUUUAACUCUUGAGGAAUGUAAUUCCAUUGGAGCACUCCAGCCUGGAUGCCCUGCUGGAAUGCUCUGGAGGUCACCUAUAUUUAACUGACUGUACUGUCACAGGCCAUGCCAGCUGUCAAUGAGAAAUCAUUAAAAGUUCAGACAGUUUACAUUCACUUCUGCCUAUUUAUUUCUUCUUCUUUUCUUCCUUUCUUUUUUUUUUUCCUUUUCCUUUAUUUUCUUUCUUCUUUUUUUUUUUUUUUGGUUUGUUUAGUUUGUCUUUUUUAGAGGUUUGGGGUUUUUUUUUCUUUUUUCUUUUUUGUUUCAUUGGGUUUUUUUUUUUAGUGUAAUUUUAAACAAUUUUUAAGCCACUUUGGACUUCUAAGCUUUAAUGGACUAGUAAGCCUGCCUGGGCUUGCCAAAGUUUCUUGUUUACUGGAGCAUCUUCUUAUCUUUCCAUAGAGCUAGGACAUUUAUCUGCUGGACUCUGAGAGAAAUAAAAGCAGCAGAACUAAUUGAAUUGCACUACUGGUUUACAGACUGGAAAAGUCUCCCUACAAGUGAACCUGAAAGACUUUGUUGUUUGGCUGAGAAGAUGAAUCUUUUCACUUUUAGAUCUUUUGGGGUUUUUAAGUAGAACUUAGGAUUUCUAAUUGACUUGAUUUCUGGAAAUGGAAAUACCAUGCUUUUAUUAUGGGAAGCUUUGUUAGAUGCAUUUAUUAUUAGAAUGGUUCAAGUCCUGCUGUAAAGAUCAUGUUUUUCCCAGGACUUUCACUGUGAUUUUGCUUCACUGCAGGCUGUAUGAAGAAAAAAAAAGUUAAUUUACCAGAAAAGAGGCUCUUAAUUCCUUAUGCAAGUGAUGAUGGAUAUGAAACCUGACUGAGGACUGUAAAUACACCCCCUUCUGAAGUGAGGAGGGGGAAUAGUAGCUUUUGUUUACAGACUGACAGACAUGGACAUGGGGUUUGUGACAGUUUCUAAAGACAAUAAAUUGGCAACAUUAUUGUGCUUGGGAAUGUUCCAAUCCUAGCUGAUGCUUGUUUCAGACGUGUUCCAGAGGUCCUGUUGACUGAAAGCUGUUGUAGGCUACCUUGCUUCUGCUGACUGCUGUCUAUAAGCUGUUAUUAUAUUUUUUUGAUUAGCUAUCAAUGUCUUAAUGUCCUCCUUUUGUAAGAUUUCCUAUAUUUUUGUAUAGUUUGAAGAUCUGGCUGUUCAGACAGCUCUGAAGUAAAUGGUCUAAUUUUCUAAUGCACACUGUUAUACUAACUCCUGAUUUUAGACACCAAGAGAGAUCUAAAGGUGAGACUCCACGCUCGACAGAGAAAAGCAGCUUUACUGCUACUGUUACAGGAGGAGAUGAAGUCACCAUGAGGUCACAAGGAGGCCUUCCUAAGCCAAGGGUAGCUAGCUGCUCAAACCCAUCUUUUUAUUUCUGUUAAGCACUCGGAGACAAUGUUCUGCUUGAGCAACAGUGCCUUGUAUUCAUGUUGUUGGAAGACACUGAUACUGAUAAGGGGUUUCUUCUGAGGUCCGUUCCAGAAGAAUCCUUCCUGCUACAGUGGACACAAGCAGUUCACCCAGUCAUGAACAACCAGCUCCAGCUCUCCUAUUGGGGUGCUGUGUUGCCUCUAAUAGGUGCCAUUGCCAGGGACUCACUUCUUUUGGAUGUGUCCGUGCUGGACUGCACAAGAGGAUUCAUUCUCCGACUGCCUGGAUUGGUUUCUAGUCAGGAGCCUUCAAAACCUGUAGCUAAUUGAUGUCAAGUCACACAUGUCUUCUCUGUCACUUUCUGUUUAGGUUGCAGGUGUUCUGUCCUCAAGCUGGUGGUGAAGUUAACAGCAGCUUUUGCUGUGGCUAGUGAAGUGCUUAGGAGAGUUAGAAAAUGAGGUGACACAUGUACAAGUACCUUAACUGGUUAAUUCUUGGAGGCAACAGGAGGGAUCUAGAGUUGUACUGUCUAACAGAGUGACUGUGUGUCAUGUGUACAGGAGAGCAUAGGGGUGAAGUCUGCAGAACAAAUUGGUGGAAUCCUGUCCCACCAGUAGAAUUCCUGUUCUACCAUAGAAUUCUAUGAGUCUAUAAUCAUGGACUCAUAGAAUUGUUUGAGUUGGAAAAGCCAUCUAACAUUGUUGAGUCCAACCAUCAGAGUAACACCACCGUGGCAAAUAAACCAUGUCCCAAAGUGCCAUGUCCACACAUUUCUUGAACUUCUCCAGGGAUGAUGACUCCAUCACCUCUCUGGGCAGCCUGUUCCAAUGUGUGAUCACUCUUGCAGGAAGAAUUUUUAUGAAUGUCCAACCUAAACCUCCCUUGACACAGCCUGAGGCCACUUCCUCUUGUUCUGUCUCUGGAUACUAGGGAGAAGAGCCCGACUGCCACCUUGCUCCAGUCUCCUUUAAGGGAGAUGUAGAGAGCAAUGAGGCCUCCCUUCAGCCUUCUUGUUUCCAGGCUCAACAGUCCUAGGUCCCUCAGCUGCUCCUCAUCACACCUGUUCUCCCCUUCAGCAGCUUCAUCGCCCUUCUCCGGACAUGCUCCAGCUCCUCCAUGUCCUUCUUGGAGUUAGGGGCCCAAACCUGACUCCUGGGCCCAUGCCUCACCCGUGCCCACUGCAGGGGGCAAUCACUGCCUUUGUUCUGCUGAUCCAUGCCAGGAUGCUGGUGGCUGUUUUGGCUGCCUGGGCGCACACUGACUCAUCCUCAGCUGGCUAUUCAUCAGCAUAGUCAGAUCUUUCUCUUCUCCACAGUUUUCCAGAUGCUCUGUCCCAAGCCUGGAGCAUUUAUGGGGUUCUUGUGACCCAAGUACAGGAUCCUGGACUCAAUGAAAUGUCUUUAUCCCAUUAAGCCAACCUCUCCAGGUGCCUCUGCAGAGUCUUCUUACCCUCAAGCAGAUCAGCACUCCUGCCCAAUUUAGGGUCAUCUGCAAACUUACUAAAGGUGCCUCAAUCCCCUCAUCCAGAUCACUGAUAAAGGUGUUAAAGAGGACUGGCUCCAGCACUGAGUCCUGGGGAACACGACUUGUGACCAGCCACCCCCAGUUAACUCCAUUCCCCACCUCUCUUUGGGCUUGGCCACACCACCAGUUUGUUAAACAGGGGAGCCUCCACCCACCCAAUUCAUGAGUACUGAGUUUCUCCAGGAGGAUGCUCUGGGAGAUGAUGUCAAAGGCUUUUACUGAAGUCCAAGUAAACAACAUCCACAGCCUUUCCCUUGUCCACUAAGCAGGUCACCUGCCCUUUGUGAAGCCCUGAGAGGUGAUGAGAAGUUGAUUUUGUUCCACUAUUCUCUGCACCCAUCAGAUAGAAGAGCUACAGCUGCAGAAAAGUCAUCACAAGGUGACAAUGGUCUGUUUGAACGAAGGUUGUCCUCUCUGUACAGAGUAGGCAAAACCCAGCAGAAACACAAAGAUUUGUGCCAGGUAGCCACCUCAAGCCUCAGCCUUAGGAGCUCUAGGAACUGGAUGAAGUACUUCUGUACAAAGAAGGGAAAUGUGUAAAAGUGGGCAAUGUGGCUUCUCAAACAGAAUGGAGAACUUGAGCAUCAGAAAAAUGCUUAGAGCUGAUGUCUGCACCUGAGAAGGCUGCAGCAAUAAUUGACUUUAAGAUAUGGGGCUGGAGAGUAGAGCUUCAAGUGUGAGGUUUGCGGAACUCUGUCUCUACCAUUGCUGGAGAAGAUGCAGUGGAGAGUAAAUAUUGACACCUGGGAAAAUACUGUUUGGUCCUGAGGAGCAGGAGGCUAGCAGUUCUUCAUCCUGAUGACACAGCCAGGGAAGCCAAUGCAGACAGACUCAGACUUCUGUCAUGAGCAUGACUGAAAACUGGAGAAGAGGUGGUGGUGUUUUUUUUCAGUAACUGGGAGUUUAGGUGCACAGUAUUUUCAUAGAAUCAACCAGGUUGGAAGAGACCUUCAAGAUCAUGCGGUCCAACCUAUCACACAGCCCUAUCCAGUCAACUAGACCAUGACAUAAAUGUCUCAUCUGGGCUUUUCUUGAACACCUCCAGGGAUGGUGACCACCACCUCCCUGGGCAGCCCAUUCCAAUGCCAAUCACUCUCUCUGUGAAGAACUUCCUCCUAACAUUUAGCCUAUACCUCCCCUAGCACUACUUGAGACUGUAUCCCCUUGUUCUAUCUCUGUUUGCCUGGCUGGUCUCUUCAGUGACUGGGAGCUUAGGUCUAAAAUAUCUUUUAACAACACUCAAUUUAACUCUCUGCUGGAAAAAAAAGUUAUUAUAGCCUCGUACAUCCCAGUUAGGUGAUAUUGUCCCAGUGAUAGGUUCUGGAUGCAGAACAGCAAAUCUUGGGAGCACAAACUGCUCUCAACCCUCAGUCCUUCACCUGCUGCUCUGCAACUUGAUAGCUGCUGUGUAAUGAAUGGUAUAGAAGUGAAGGCUGAAGUUAAUGUGGUCAGAAGUGGUGAGUAUUGGAGCAGAAACUGUAAUUUAAAAUUGGUUUUUGUUAUGUUCAUAGACUCCUUGUCCGUCUUGACAGCUGAACUUGCCCACAGUCUAAGUGAGUUGCCUUGCUCCCACCAUGGCUGCUGUGGGAAUGCCUCUCCUCAAGCUGUCAGCGUGCUUUUGCUGAGGUGUGUUGGCAGCACUGACUCUUAGGUAGAUCCUCCCUGGCAGACAUCAGAUCUGGUCUUCCUGUUGAGUUGCCUGGCAUGUGUCAGCAUCUCCAAGCUGAGGUGGUGUGCUUUAAGGUCCUCUGCUUCUCCAUUUGCUUCACUGUGUAAUUCAAACUGGCUGCAGUCAGUGAGUCCAGCCACUGUUCCAGCCAUGAGAAUCUUUGUAAGGCAUUCCAGUCAUUCCAGAUCGUCCUGUCGUGUCGCCAGCCUGGAAUGGCUGAGGGCUUUCUAAGCUCUGCACUCAGAGUGUUUGGACUCACACCAUUAUUUUAUUUAUGCUACAAUCCAUGUGCUCUCUUAAUUUCUCCAGCAUUUUCCCAAAGAUACUUCUGUCAAUAAUUUGGUUAGAGAACUUGGUCAAGGCAGCAGCCCCUUUGGAGAAGCUUCUUCCUGGUUACCCUUUAAGUCUUUCACCUGUAAAGAGAGGAGAUGUCAGGUGUGUGGUUCUAUACGAAGAAGGGAAAAAAGCCCUGAACAAACCCAAACCUUUCCACAGUUCUGACUAAAGCUGUAGGACACAUUUCCUAACUGGGAAGACUACAGGAAAGUAAUUUCUGGUGGCCAUGGGAAGUGCUUUUGACCACCUUAUGGUGGACUUUAAGGUGAAAAGAGUUGAUUCUCAUCCCUUCUAGGGGCUGAAAUUAAGAUUGCUUGAAAGUUGAUUCUUUCCUUGCUUGAGGGUGGAAUUAAGAUUGUUCGGUGACAGUUUGGUGCAUGUGCCAGCUUUCUGUCCCCACUUCACUGGCACCAGGCAGCAGAUGGCUCUGUUUUGAUGGGCUGUUUGCAGGAGGAAGGAAGGUCCUUCAUCAGACAAGGCAGUGAUGUUGUAAGAACAGAGUAGCUUGUGCGGGGCUGUUGAAGGUGGUGAAGCCAAUGAUACUCCUCUCAUUUAUGGAUGCCAGUUUGAGUUAGGCAUUAACCUGAUGAGUGAUUUAGGCAUUAACCUCAUGACUGAUUGAAAUCCUAAUUAGAAAUGGAAGCUUUCCAGAUGUUUUUGCUCCUCAAUACACGGGAAGGCAGCAUGCACAGCAGGUAGAUGAACUCUCCUCGGUAUUUCUCACACUACCAGCUUCUAGCGCUUCAGAAUGGCUUCAUUCCAUUUCCAAGGCAUAUUGCUGGGCAGGAGCUGCUACCUUAAUUUUGUACUGUUUGCAAAGAAGCCUUUCUGGUUUAUUUAUUUCCAAGCAGGAGAAAAGGAUGUAAAUAAACUGAAUGCUUAACUUCAGAAAGAAAACGUUUUAUUAUUAUAAUUUUAGCCAAAUAGAGGAACUCUCUUCCACCUCUUGACAGUGGCAGAGUUUGCUAAGCAGGGUAAACACAGAUUUCUGCUGUGCUCUGCUCAGCUGCUCUGAGGUGAUGUUUCACCAUCUCCUGUCUGAAGCUGCUUGCUCUGGGUGGCUGUAGGCAUUGAGACCCUGGAUGCUGCCUCUGCACGAAGCAGUGGCUAAGCCUGCUGAGGCAGUUUGAUUCCAAGUGCUGGUAAAUUCUCUGCUGAUGACUCAAAUACAGAUGGUCUAACCAACAAGCAAACAAGACUUUGCCUGUCUGUCAGCAUGUAAAUAUUUGGGUAACCCUUCUCUAAGGUUGCUGGCAGUCCAGCAGUGGCAUGCCAUCUUCAGGAGACCUCUCCAGCCGUGGAGAGAUGGUGCUGGUCUGAUGCCCCACCUCAUCCCCUCAAUCUUGCCUUACACAAGCAGAACACACUGAUUCAUGCAUAUGGGAGUAACUUGACAUUGAAUUUUUUCCUCCCAGUUGCUCCUGCAUCUGGCAUUGCUCCAGCAGGGUGGCAGCACUCAGCAGUCCAGUUCAGUCUGUCAGAAAUCAAAUUAAUUGGUUUUGGGUUUUUUUUUCCUUCUACAAUUCCAGAUCUCAAGUUUACCAAAGUGUGUGUAUGUUCUGAAUGUUUAGUGCUUGACUGAAAUGGCAGUAGGAUGGCUGGGCUCUGCUCAGGUGUUCAGGAGAGCACAUCUGAGCAGGGCACACAAAAUAAAUGCCUCUUGCUUAUUGCAGAGGAUGAAGAGUUCAGAGAUGUUUUCAUCUACACCAACAGUAGAAGACCAGGGAAUGCUCAUGACUUCGUGCUGGAAAUGAGAGGUACAUUCAAUCUCAAAGCUUUCAGAACAGUAACUCUUCACCCAAGAAAAAAACCUUUCCUCUCUGGAUGUGCUCUGCAGGGCAUUGCCUUCUUGUUUCUCUUCCAUGUAUGACCCAGCACUAAGUUUGGAGCCCUGACACUAAUGUAGGUGACUGCCAGCGCUCAAAGCAGGCUCUGGUGAUGGUUUCAGCAGUGUGCCUUAGAGUCAGUUCUGAUUUAACACUGGAUAAAGAAAUCUGAACAAAAACCUCCUUUACAUUCAGCUGACUUCUUCCUCACUCUCUCUACUGUUAAAGAAGUGGUCAGGUUCUGGUAGGUGAUCCCUGGUGGUGGUUAGAUCACAGCAUUUUUGUUUUCAACCGAGUUGCUGACACAAGUUGCAGAUGGUUGCUUUUUUAAAAAGGCUAGAUGGGGAUUGGGUGCUGCUGCAGAAACACUGCUGGACCUCAGUGGGACGAGAGGCAGCACUGACUGGAGCAGCUGGUGUGUGAGUGGCAAAAAUCUUCUGAAAUCCUCCUUGGGUUUUAUUUGUAUCUUAAUGCUGCACAAUGAUUUUCAGAUGAGUUCAUUUCAAAUUGAGGUCAGUGUGCCCAGCCUUCAGCUGUCAUCCAUCGGUCCAUUCAUACUGCGGUUAGGUUACAACCUUGAGUACUUGUACUUGUUAGGGGCUCCUAGAAGCCUUUAGCUGAAAGGUAGAGGACUUCUGGAGUGAGCCAGGUGCCCUGUGUCCUUUAUCAGCUCCUCAAACCCAUCAUCUCCCAGUAGGACCCAGUCUCCCCAGGGGAAUGUGGCUGUGCUUGCUGCUUGGGCCUUUGUAGCUCUGCCUCUUGGCUGUCUUAACUAAUGCCUUGCAUGUGCACUGCUUGCUUGCUUUGCAACAGCUGCCAACAGCUGGAGGAGAUCUGGGGGCAAGGUGGCAAAAAAUUGCUGCUUGAUAAAAAGAAAUAAACUGAGGAAAACUGUGUCAGGCUGUGAACUGAGUAGAGUCAACAAGGGUCUCAGCUUUUUGUCUAAAAGCAUUGCUUAAAUAGUAAUUAAUGAGUUGGGUAGCAUCCGUACCUCACCGCUCACCUCUGAGCAGCAACAAUGAUUGUAAUGCUCCACACUUCAACAAGGCUGCUCUGGAGAUGUCUUGCCCUGUGUUGAUUGUUAAUUUCAACACCACCCAGCUGUAGUGAGGGGUCAGCAUAUUAAUGCAUGGCUGUAAAAGCAGAAUUGGAAUGAGUUGCUUUGUUUUGCAAUUACAGCUUUAUAGAAACGUGGGCAUUUGCAUAGAGCCUGUGACUGGACCUGGGUUUAUUUCAGUGACUGAUAGCAAGAGAGGACCAAGACAAAUCAGUCUGUGCACAAUUUAAAUCGUAUCCAAGAUGCUUUACUGUUCUGGGAAGAGAGGAUUCUUCUCUGUUUUUCCUCUGUUUGUUUUUUUGCUUCUGUUUGUUUCCAUGAGUUGGACUAAAAUGAGAAACCGAAGCCCCAGACUGGCUGUUCCUGUCUCUAAUACCCUCUGCACUUGCCCUCCCUGCUGCAUGCUGCUGGUGCUGUACAGAUGCAGUUGGAUCUCUUUGAUGUUGGACAGCAUGAUGCAUUUCAUUCACUUUUCUACUUUGCCUCCUGUUAGCUAGGUAUUGCCUUUACAACUGGGAAAAAAACCUAUUUUUUGGGGGAAUUGAGUCUGCAUAUAAAAAUUUUUAUUUCCUUUUCACUUUUUUUUUUCCUUUUCUCUCUCUUUUUUUUUUUUUUUGGUUCCUGUGAGUCUUAUGAGAAAUGUCCUACUUGGAGAGUCUCGGGCAGUAUUUCCCUGUGUUUAUUCAUGUUGCUUUAUUUUAUAAGUGGAUAUUGAUUUUGGAUGUGUUGUUACACUUAAUGUUGAAUAAAUCUGACUUCCAUUUUGAAAAGAAAAA